UCCCCGCCCCGCCCGGGCCCCGCCGAGGCUCUGGUGGGUCCGGGACAGACUGGCGGGCGGGUACUGACGCCGCGGGGCCGAAGCGGGCCAGGCGGUGGGAGCAGCGGCGCCGUCAGUCCCCGUCAGGGCUCCGUGGGUCCCCGACCCGCCCCUGGCCCGGCCAUGGCGGGCGCCCAGCCCGGCGUCCACGCGCUGCAGCUGGAGCCGCCUACCGUGGUGGAGACCCUGCGGCGCGGGAGUAAGUUCAUCAAAUGGGACGAGGAGACCUCCAGUCGGAACCUGGUGACCCUGCGUGUGGACCCCAGUGGCUUCUUCUUGUACUGGACAGGCCCCAACAUGGAGGUGGACACACUGGACAUCAGUUCCAUCAGGGACACACGGACAGGCCGGUACGCCCGUCUGCCCAAGGACCCCAAGAUCCGGGAAGUUCUGGGCUUUGGGGGUCCCGAUGCCCGGCUGGAGGAGAAGCUGAUGACGGUGGUGUCUGGGCCGGACCCAGUGAACACAGUGUUCUUGAACUUCAUGGCCGUGCAGGAUGACACAGCCAAGGUCUGGUCCGAGGAGCUGUUCAAGCUGGCUAUGAACAUCCUGGCUCAGAACGCCUCCCGGAACACCUUCCUGCGCAAAGCAUACACAAAGCUGAAGCUGCAGGUGAACCAGGAUGGUCGGAUCCCCGUCAAGAACAUCCUGAAGAUGUUCUCAGCAGACAAGAAGCGGGUGGAGACUGCACUGGAAUCCUGUGGCCUCAAUUUCAACCGGAGUGAGUCCAUCCGGCCUGAUGAGUUUUCCUUGGAAAUCUUUGAGCGGUUCCUGAACAAGCUGUGUCUGCGGCCGGACAUUGACAAGAUCCUGCUGGAGAUAGGUGCCAAGGGCAAGCCAUACCUGACACUGGAGCAGCUCAUGGACUUCAUCAACCAGAAGCAACGCGACCCGAGACUCAACGAAGUGCUGUACCCGCCGCUGCGGCCCUCCCAGGCCCGACUGCUCAUCGAAAAGUAUGAGCCCAACCAGCAGUUUCUGGAGCGAGACCAGAUGUCCAUGGAGGGCUUUAGCCGCUACCUGGGAGGCGAGGAGAACGGCAUCCUGCCCCUGGAAGCCCUGGAUCUGAGCGCCGACAUGACCCAGCCGCUGAGUGCCUACUUCAUCAACUCCUCGCAUAACACCUAUCUCACUGCUGGGCAGCUGGCCGGGACCUCGUCGGUGGAGAUGUACCGCCAGGUGCUGCUGUGGGGCUGCCGCUGUGUGGAGCUGGAUGUGUGGAAAGGACGGCCGCCCGAGGAGGAACCCUUCAUCACCCAUGGCUUCACCAUGACCACGGAGGUGCCUCUGCGCGACGUGCUGGAGGCCAUUGCCGAGACUGCCUUCAAGACCUCGCCCUACCCCGUCAUCCUCUCCUUUGAGAACCACGUGGACUCGGCAAAGCAGCAGGCAAAGAUGGCUGAGUACUGCCGCUCCAUCUUUGGAGAUGCGCUACUCAUCGAGCCUCUGGACAAGUACCCGCUGGCCCCAGGUGUUCCCCUGCCCAGCCCCCAGGACCUGAUGGGCCGUAUCCUGGUGAAGAACAAGAAGCGGCACAGACCCAGCACAGGUGGCCCAGACAGCGCCGGGCGCAAGCGGCCGCUGGAGCAGAGCAAUUCGGCCCUGAGCGAGAGCUCCGCUGCCACUGAGCCCUCCUCCCCGCAGCUUGGGUCGCCCAGCUCUGACAGCUGCCCAGGCCUGAGCAACGGGGAGGAGGGGGCCCUUGAGAAGCCCAGCCUGGAGCCUCGGAAGUCUUUGGGUGAGGAGGGCCUGAACCGGGGCCCCUAUGCUCUUGGACCUGCUGACCGUGAGGAUGAGGAGGAAGAUGAGGAAGAGGAGGAGCAGACAGACCCCAAAAAGCCGACCACAGAUGAGGGCACGGCCAGCAGCGAGGUGAAUGCCACUGAGGAGAUGUCCACGCUUGUCAACUACAUCGAGCCUGUCAAGUUCAAGUCCUUUGAAGCUGCUCGAAAGAGGAACAAAUGCUUCGAGAUGUCGUCCUUCGUGGAGACCAAGGCCAUGGAGCAACUGACCAAGAGCCCCAUGGAGUUUGUGGAAUACAACAAGCAGCAGCUCAGCCGCAUCUACCCCAAGGGCACCCGCGUGGACUCCUCCAACUACAUGCCCCAGCUCUUCUGGAACGUAGGGUGCCAGCUUGUUGCGCUCAACUUCCAGACCCUCGAUGUGGCGAUGCAGCUCAAUGCGGGCGUUUUUGAGUACAACGGGCGCAGCGGGUACCUGCUCAAGCCGGAGUUCAUGCGGCGGCCUGACAAAUCCUUCGACCCCUUCACUGAGGUCAUCGUGGAUGGCAUCGUGGCCAAUGCCUUGCGGGUCAAGGUGAUCUCGGGGCAGUUCCUAUCCGACAGGAAGGUGGGCAUCUACGUGGAGGUGGACAUGUUUGGCCUCCCUGUUGACACGCGGCGCAAGUACCGCACCCGGACCUCUCAGGGGAACUCGUUCAACCCCGUGUGGGAUGAGGAGCCCUUCGACUUCCCCAAGGUGGUGCUGCCUACGUUGGCUUCACUUCGAAUCGCAGCCUUUGAGGAGGGGGGUAAAUUUGUAGGGCACCGGAUCCUGCCUGUCUCUGCCAUCCGCUCUGGGUACCACUAUGUCUGCCUGCGGAACGAGGCCAACCAGCCGCUGUGCCUUCCGGCCCUGCUCAUCUACACUGAAGCCUCGGACUACAUUCCUGAUGACCACCAGGACUACGCGGAGGCCCUGAUCAACCCCAUUAAGCACGUCAGCCUGAUGGACCAGAGGGCCCGGCAGCUGGCCGCCCUCAUUGGGGAGAGUGAGGCUCAGGCUGGCCAAGAGAUGUGCCAGGACACCCAGUCUCAGCAGCUGGGGUCUCAGCUGUCCCCAAACCCCACCCCUAGCCCACUGGAUGCCUCCCCCCGCCGGCCCCCCGGCCCCACCGCCUCCCCUGCCAGCACCUCCCUCAGCAGCCCAGGGCAGCGCGACGAUCUCAUCGCCAGCAUCCUCUCAGAGGUGGCCCCCACCCCGCUGGAUGAGCUCCGAGGUCACAAGGCUCUGGUCAAGCUCCAGAGCCGGCAAGAGCGAGACCUGCGGGAGCUGCGCAAGAAGCAUCAGCGGAAGGCAGUCACCCUCACCCGCCGCCUGCUGGAUGGCCUGGCUCAGGCACAGGCUGAGGGCAGGUGCCGGCUGCGGCCAGGUGCCCUAGGCGGGGCCGCUGAUGUGGAGGACACGAAGGAGGGGGAGGACGAGGCAAAGCGGUAUCAGGAGUUCCAGAACAGACAGGUGCAGAGCCUGCUGGAGCUGCGGGAGGCCCAGGUGGACGCAGAGGCCCAGCGGAGGCUGGAGCAUCUGAGACAGGCUCUGCAGCGGCUCAGGGAGGUCGUCCUUGAUGCAAACACAACUCAGUUCAAGAGGCUGAAAGAGAUGAACGAGAGGGAAAAGAAGGAACUGCAGAAGAUCCUGGACAGAAAGCGCCAUAACAGCAUCUCGGAGGCCAAGACGAGGGACAAGCAUAAGAAGGAGGCGGAACUGACGGAGAUUAACCGUCGGCACAUCACUGAGUCAGUCAACUCCAUCCGUCGGCUGGAGGAGGCCCAGAAGCAGCGGCAUGACCGUCUUGUGGCUGGGCAGCAGCAGGUCCUGCAACAGCUGGCAGAAGAGGAGCCCAAGCUGCUGGCCCAGCUGGCCCAGGAGUGUCAGGAGCAGCGGGCGAGGCUCCCCCAGGAGAUCCGCAGGAGCCUGCUGGGCGAGAUGCCGGAGGGGCUGGGGGAUGGGCUUCUGGUGGCCUGUGCCAGCAACGGUCACGCACCUGGGAGCAGCGGGCACCUGUCGGGCGCUGACUCGGAGAGCCAGGAGGAGAACACGCAGCUCUGAACUGGCUGAGCAAGAGAUGAGGAGACUGAGGCCCGGAGCCAUCUCUCAUGUGCCAGGCCACAGCUAAAUCAAGAUGUCCUGACCUGGAGGCAGGGCGGGCCUGGACCCUCCGUGGUGGACUGUCUUCAGCCAGCCUGGACCUGUCCUAUGCCUCAAGACCAGCGAAAAGUCGCGGAGAGCCCACAGUGCGGGCUCGAGGGCGGGGCUGGGCUCGAAGCAGGGUCGGCUUGGCACCUCUUCAAGGCCUCUCCCAGCUUCCUGGCUCUUCCUAGGCUGCCCGCCUGCAUCCCUCCUCCAGGGGAAGGAGGCCUCUUAUCUGGGCUUAUCUCCUGCCAAUUGAGUAUCUUCUCUGCUUUGUUUUUGCUGCAGCCUCAGGCAAACAGAUGGGGUGGGGAGGCCAGGGAAAUAGGCUCCGGAGUAGGGCCCUCCUCCCUCAGGGUCAGUGCAGUGGCCCCAGACUUCCUCACUUCUGCUGUGGGGCCCUGCCCUAUCCCCUAGUUCUGCUCACUCCAGUGUAUUCCGUAUCCAGGCUCCUCAGCAGCCAACUCCCAUCUUCCUGACUAGCUGGUGUCCACUGAAGGACACCAGCUAAAUUGCUAACUCCUGGGUGUGACAUUCCAGCCCCUCGGAAGCCUGGCCUCUACUGCUCCCCUGUCCUUCCAUGGGUCCACUCCUCCCUGCGCCGGGAGGGAUGACCCUCACCCUCACCUUCAGGUAGCGGCUCUAGCCGCCUCCUCCCUGAAGCCCUCCGACUGCCCUGCCGACUUCGGGCCCUCGGGAGCUUCCGAGAGCAGGGCCGUCGCGCAACGGAUCUCUGUGCCCAGCACGAAGCACCGGGCCGGGUUACAGGGGGGUCCAAUAAAUCUUUCUGGAACGGAGCCCCCGCUCUGUUCGGGUCCCUGC